AUGAACAGAAAAAGUAAAUUAAGAGUUUCUGUUAUUGUUCCAGUAAAAAAUGGUGAACAUUAUCUUGAUAACACAUUAAAAGCUUUACUUAAUCAAAAAUGUGAUGAAAAUGUACAGUUAGAGAUAUCAAUUUAUGAUGAUGCUUCAAAUGAUAGAACAAAUGAAAUAAUUACUAAAUGGGAAAAUAUUUUUGUUGAAAAAAAUUUUUUUUUCAUUCAUUCGAAAGCUAUGACAAAUGAAUCAGGUGGUGUGGCACAUGCAAAACAUCAAGCUAUUAUUCAAUCAACUGGAGAAUAUUUAUGUUUUAAUGAUUCAGAUGAUAUUUCUGCUUUUGACAGAAUUGAUAAACAACUUAGGUAUAUAUUAAUGAAUGAUGAACCAUUUAAUGUAUUAUUAGGAUGUAAUUUUACCAGAAUUCCAUGUGAUUCUACUGUACGUUUUACAAGAUGGGGUAAUAAUUUAACUGAUGAACAAUUAAUGACACAAUGUUAUACUUCUAAUGGGCCUACAGUUAUUGCUCCAACAUGGUUUAUGAGUAGAAAAUUAUAUGACAAUGUUGGUGGAUUUAAAACAAAUAUCCCAAAAGGAUUUCCGGAGGAUUUAGAUUUUUUCUAUCGGGCAUUAAGGAAAGGUGUUUUGAUAAAAAAAGUACCAAACAACCUUGUGACAUAUCGUUAUCAUCAAAACUGUGCUACUUUUAAUAUUCAUGAGAAAACUAUUUGGUAUAUGAGAGUUAGAGAAAUCACUGAAGUUGUUUUAUCUAAAUGGAAAUCAUUCUCUAUAUGGAGUGCAGGAAAACAAGGGAAAUUACUAUUUCGUUCAUUAGGAGAGGAGGAAAAAAGCAAAGUGCAAGCAUUUUGUGAUUGUGAUGGAAAAAAAAUAAACCGUAAAUUUUUGGAAAUAUAUGAUGAAAAACUUCGCAAAGUGACACAUCGAAUUCCAAUUGUACCAAUUUCGGAAAUCAAGGCACCUGUCAUAAUUUGUGUGAAAUUGGAUCUGACAAAUGGUUGUUUAGAAAACUAUAUUAAUAAAAAGAAUUGGAAAGAAGGACGUGACUUUUUUCAUUUUUCUUGA